AUCCAUCUCUCUCCUCCCCGUGACGUCGCUCGGUCUGGUCCCGGGUGCGCCGCUCUCCGGUCCCGUCUCCGCACAAACCACUCGAGCUGCUGCCUCCACCGACGCGCGCAGUGCCGUGCGGCGAGGUGCUGGUGCGGGUACCCGGUGUCCUUCUCCUCCUCCUCCUUCUUCUUCUUCUUCUUCUUCUCAUUCUUCUUCCACUCCACGCUGUUGUCCCGCAUAUAUCAGUGAACUGUUUCCACACACACACUGCUUCAAGAGAGAGAAGGGGAGAGAGAAAACCUGAGGCGGUGAAUAGGAGAGAGAGAGAGAGGAGAGAGGGCGGCAAGGAGAAGGAGAGAAAAGAAAAAAGGAACACUGAGGAAGAAAAGAGGAGAAAAAAAGAGGUCGCCGUGGUCCUUCUCCCGUUAUUUUUUUUCUUCCCCGGGCUGAAGCUCCACCGAGAAGAUGCUGAGAAUAGCCGGUGUGCUGGUUCUCGUGGCUGUGGGGUUGAGCGCCGCUCACACCAAAGUGAAUAAACACAAGCCAUGGAUUGAAACAUCAUACCAUGGUGUGAUCACUGAAAACACUGACAUCGUUCUGCUGGAUCCUCCCCUUGUGGCCCUGGACAAAGAUGCUCCCAUUCCUUAUGCAGGGGAGAUCUGUGCGUUCAACAUCCAUGGGCUGGAGGCUCCGUUCGAGGCAGUGGUGCUGAACGGUACGUCUGGGGAGGGUCAGCUGAGGGCACGUGGCCUGGUUGACUGUGAGCUGCAGAAGGAGUACACCUUCAUCAUCCAGGCUCAUGACUGCGGUUCGGGCCCCGGGGGUACGGAGGGCAAGAAGUCCCACAAGGCCGUAGUGCACAUUCAGGUCAACGAUGUCAAUGAGUUCGCUCCGGUCUUUCGGGAGCCCCACUACAGAGCCGCGGUGACGGAGGGCAAGAUUUACGACAGCAUCCUGCAAGUGGAGGCCACUGAUCAGGACUGUUCCCCUCAGUACAGCCAGAUCUGUAACUACCAAAUCACCACCACCAGCACUCCCUUCGCUAUAGACCGCAAUGGUAACAUCCGGAACACAGAGAAGCUGAGCUACGACCGGCAGCAGCAGUACGAGAUCCAGGUGACGGCGUGGGACUGUGGCCAGAAGAGAGCCCUGCAUAGCGUCCCUGUUCGCAUUGACGUCAAGCCUGUCUGCAAACCUGGCUGGCAAGGUUGGAAUAAACGAGUGGACUACGAGCCAGGGACAGGCAGUAAGCAGCUGUUUCCCAAGAUGCACCUGGAGACCUGUGGUGGGCCUCUGUCGUCUGUGAGGACCACCGUGGAGCUGCAGACCAGCCACAUCGGGAAGGGCUGCGACCGGGAGACUUACUCUGAGAAAUCUCUCCAGAAGCUCUGUGGUGCCUCAUCGGGGAGCACUGACCUUCUCCCUGCUCCCAGCGCCACCACCAAUUGGACAGCCUCCCUGCUGACUGACAGCGGGCGGGACAGUGACCUGAUCUUCAGGUUUGACGGUCGUCAGGCUGCUAAAAUCCCCGACUGGGUGGUACCCCAGAAUCUGACAGACCAGUUCACCAUAGCAACGUGGAUGAAGCAUGGGCCCAGUCCUGGACUCAGAGCUGAGAAGGAGACGCUGCUCUGUAACUCUGACAAGACUGAGAUGAACCGUCACCACUACUCACUGUAUGUCCAUAACUGCCGCCUGGUGUUUCUGCUGAGGAGAGACUUCACCCAAGUGGACACCUUCAGACCGGCCGAAUUCCACUGGAAACUGGAGCAGAUAUGCGACAAGGAGUGGCAUUACUACGUUAUCAACGUGGAGUUCCCGGUGGUGACGCUCUACGUGGACGGUGUGACCUACGACCCCUACCUGGUGACGGACGACUGGCCCAUCCACCCCUCACAGAUUGAUGUGCAGCUCACAGUGGGCGCCUGCUGGCAAGGUGGGGAGGUGACCAAGCCAAGGUUCACUCAGUACUUCCGGGGAAGCCUAUCUGGACUGACCAUCCGACCAGGGAAAAUUGAGAGUCAGAAAGUCAUUUCCUGUCUGCAGGCCUGCAAAGAGGGACUUGACAUCAACUCCCUCGAGAGCCUGGAUAAGAAUAUAAAGUUCCAUUUCAACCCGGCUCAGUCCAUCCUGGUGAUGGAGGGAGAGGACUUGGAGAACAUGAACGCCGCUGUGAGGAAAGUUUCCUACAUAAACUCUCGCCAGUUUCCCACACCAGGCAUCCGACGCCUGCACAUCUCCACUGCCGUCCAGUGUUUUGGGGAGGACACCUGCAUCACCAUACCUGACAUUGAUGCAGUGGUGAUGGUGCUGCAGCCCAGCGAGCCCAGGAUCACCAUCAGCGGAGUGGAGAGACUGAGCCAUCCGGCCUCAGACUUCAGAGCACCAGGAGGAAUUAUUCUGUUCCAGGAUGUCCACAUCAUCAGCACAGUCACCAGGGCAGAGACCACCGUACAUCAUACGGCACGUCGACCGGGUGUGAUGGAGGAGAUCAUUCAUAACUUGGACUACUGUGAUGUCCUGGUGUUGGGGGAGGAGCUGAACCCAGAGCAAGAGUCUCUCCAGCUGCAACGAAGCGCUCUGCUUGGAAAACACCUUGACGCCACCAACUCCACCUCCGGCAUGUCCGUAUAUGGUGUGGACUCUAUGUCCAACUAUGAGCAGGUGAUCCGACAGGUUCGCUACUACAGCUGGCAGCCCGGACGGCUAACAGAGAGAAGGUUUCGUCUGACCUGCUCAGAGCUCAACGGACGCUACACCAGCAAUGAGUUCAACCUGGAGGUGAGCGUUCUGCACAGUUCAGAAGCCGGCGAACACAUCAACCACAUGGUAGCCCCGCCUCAGUACAUGCAGGUGGUCCACCAUCCAUCCAUGAUCCACGACCUGUAUCCCAUGCACAACUCAGGUGUACCCAGUGCUGCCACCGUGGUAAUCGUGAUGUGUAUUGCCGCCCUGGUGGUAGUGGUGGUGCUCGGGAUAUACCGCAUCCACCUGACCCACCAGCAGGAGGUGAAGCUGGCAGAGUCGGCCAAAGAGGCAGAUGUGACUUGGGACGACUCUGCUCUGACGAUCACGGUCAAUCCAAUGGAGAACCUGGAGGAGCCCCAGGCUGCAGAGGAGGAAGCCAGCGAGGAGGAGGAUGAAGAAGAAGAAGAAGAGGAGGACGAAGACGACGAGGAAGAGGAGGAGGACGACAUCACCAGCGCUGAGUCAGACGACAGCGAGGAAGAAGUGGACGUCCAGCUACCCAGAAUGCAGCGCUCGAGCAAGAAGGGCCAAAACUGGGACAAAACAACAAUAUCUUAUUGAAACACACAUUCACAGUCUCUCACACACGCGCACACACACACACACACACACACACACACAAUCUGCAACACGUCCAUACUGAAACCUCAAAUCAGAUGGUUGAAACAAAAAGACUUUAUGUGAUGUUGAUGCUCUAAAAAUGAGGUAAUAUCUCCCCCUACUGGAAGACUACACUGAACCACACACACAAACACAGUGCAGUGAUUUAACCUUAGCCUUGUCAGAAAAGCCUCCCGUUUUAUACAGCUGAUAAGAAAUAAUAUGACACUAAAACUACUCCACAAUCAAAUGACUCUCAUCCUUCUUAAAGGAACAGCUCUCCAAAAUUAGGUCAUACCCAGAGAGAUGUUUUCCCAUCAAUGAUCUCUCCCUCUCAUUACAAUCUAUGCCACAACUGCAGUCUUUAGAGAAACAAAGUUGUAUGAAACUCAUUUUGUCAGUUAAACCCUGCACCAUCUGUUCAGUUUGAUGUGUCAAAGAUUUCUGAUGUCCCAUCUUUAAAAAAAGAAGAAAACAAAUGCAAAACAGCCUUUAUUUAAGAAAAAUGAGUUGCAAAAGUAAAGAAACUGAGACUAUUUUUGGUUUGUAUACUUCAUGUUAUUUAUCAGUCUUUAUUCUAGCCUAUGUGGCAAAGCCAGGUGAUUUUACAGAAAUAGCAUAUUUUCAAUGGUACUCAAAAACAAACAAAACAAAAAAAGAUGAUCAGUGUGCUGUCGCAGACGUCAUGUUGAACUAGCCGACGGGUCUGAGUUCUGGGUUUUUGGGAAAGUCAGAGGAGUCUCCUUGUACAUUUUUAUACGCUCCUUUCUUGUAAAUAUUGAGUAUAGUAGGUGACCCAACCCCCCCACUUACCCCUAACCCACCAGUCCAGCCCCACAUCGUCCACCCAGAAAUAAAACCCUUCCUUUCCACCUGUACACAACACACACGCCACCUCUUCAUGUGUAUGUACACACCCCGAACCCUUAGCCUGCAGGAGUCUUUCCAGAACCGAUCCCUGAGUCCUCUGUGUGUGUUUCUAGCUCAGUGUUCAGCUAAUUCCAGCUGAUGUCGGCUUGGGUUCGUUGGGGCAGAUGUGCCACUGCCUCCAUAGUGAUCGGGUCAAAUAAAGCUGCACUCGGUGAGAAGUACAUGUAAAAAUAAAAGUAAAAUUAAAAAAUACCGGUGUACCAAUCGGAGAAGAGCAUCUUGUCACUAAUCAUGUUGUCAGUGUGGUCACAAAAUCAGCAUCCGAAACAAAAAAACUCAUUGAAACAAUGAUACAUGACUUCUUGUCAUUAAUGCUGCAUUAGAGAGUUCAUAGAAGGGCAAUGCUAACAGCAAUAUUUUAUAACAAGGUGUUAAGUAUGUAUCAGGCAAGAUCUUUUGGGUUAGUGGGUUGGAAAUCAUUUUUUAACAAAAUAUCACAUGACUUGAUCAGGUUCCCUUUAUUUUGACUGAUUAAAAUAAAUAUAGAUUAAAAAAUAUGAUAAAAAAUAUGCAUGUAACUUCAAAUGCAAAAAAAUGUAAGGAAUGACUGGAAAAAUAAAGCUCAAAUAUGACUAUAAUAAAGAAUGCACAUAUUGUUAUGAACAUUAAAGCUGCACUAAUCCGUAUCUUUAGAUUAAAAACGAGUUAAAUUGGUACGUGUAAAAUUAAAGGUAUUGCUUAUAACGACAACCCAACAGAUAAUUAUCACUGAAGCAGCUCACUGAUCUCUAUAAAGUGAAUUAGCACCUUUUAGCUCGUUGUUUUGGUUUCACAACUUGCAGCUUUGGUUCAGUCUCAGCAUUCCAUCAUUCCAUCAUCAGUCAUUUCAAGCAGCAGCAGACAGCUAUUUUCAGCAAACAAUAUUAAAAAUAAUAACGUGUGCUGUAGAUGCUAUGUUUCAAAAAGGCCAAAAAUCAUUUAUUGUAGAUAUAACACUUUUCAGAACCCAGUCUCGGCAUAAUUUUUAGUUGUUACUUAUCAAUACACUUGUUAACGAUGCUUAGAUAUCACUCAUAUUUGAGGUGAGAUAUAAUUUGCAUAUAAAAAUGACUUGGCUGAUAAGUCAGUAAAGCGCUGUGUUUAUCAGUUAUAAAGUCCAAGCGGCAUGGAGCUGCCUGAUGCUAACAUAUAUCCCUGACUUAACAUGACUCAUCCUGUUUUCAAACGACAAAUGCAUCCUUUCAGCUUAAAUUGGAUUUCUGGCGAGCACAGAAACUGCAAUUACACCAGACCUGCAAGAAACUUUGCCAAACUUCAAACUUUGAAUGAAAUGCAGCAUUAAUGGAGGAAGUUUAGGUGUUGGGGUUGAUGUCACAUCACAUAAAUCCCACUUCAUUAACCAGCACUCGAGGUCGCCAGCUUGUGAAGCUGCCUGGUGCAACUUUAAGAGAGAAGUGAGAAGGGAGCGUGUUUGGCAUUGUCUCACAUUUGACCUAAUCAGAAAACCCAGUCGAAGUUUUUUUCACCUUAAAGUGAAAGGGCAUUAAUCUCUGGCCGUGACCAUCCUGAAUCCAGUCCGUCUGUAAUGUUUGAUAGCAAGGAAUUAAAAUAAUAAUAAAAUAGAAAGCCUCGGUGCAAGAAAACAGACUUGUUUGUAUGCACGGUCUGUCUGCCAUAGACAAAUCCAAGGGUUUGGUUCAAGUCACAAACACUGGAAAAUGUCCUGCUCUGACCUAGUGAGCCUGUGGGUAAAGCUGGGAGAACCUACUGUAUGUGUAUACUGUAGCUCUACUGUAUGUUCAUGUAAAGAUCUCAUAUGUUGUUUAAGAGUUUUCCUCAUCUGCUGUGACACCUGGUCUUGUGACAUCACCUCCCAUCUUGCACCCCCUCCUUGAAAUCUUUGGUGGAUUUUGCAUCGGCCCGAGCCCUAAUGUUGUCCUGACAUUUGUUUUAGAAGAGGACGGUGAAAUUAACAUCGAAACCUUGUAUAAUGUGUAAAAGUUUUUUAAUUUCAGUUUUAUUUAUUUUUUCUCUGGACUCUUUGGUCUGUUUUUCUUUGGAAUGGUCACUACAGCACUUUCUGUAAAUUGGCCAAUAAAAACUUGUUUUGGAAUCUA